UCUGUUGUGUCGUGUUGAUAAGGCCACUCUGGCAGUCUCCUUCCUCUCGAUAGAAUCAGCACUGUCUCGUCUCUUCUAUUCUCUAGUCUGGUGUGUAUGAGUUAGCCAAAGCUUAAACAAACAGAUAGAGAAAAUGGCAUAUCAUCAUCUAUGCUCUUCACCUUCUUGUGUUUUCCAUGACCGCCACACUCUUUCUCCUUCACCCAAACCGAGACCUGCAAGAAGCACCGCUCCUUCUUUAAAGCUGGUUUCCUGCUCGUUUCAGUCUAAAUCCUCUAUCCAAAUAAGCCAUGUCUCCUUGCAAGACCCCAUCACCAACCCGAAAAACACUCCGAAACAUUCCAAUUCUCAGUCCCCAGAUGGCAAAACCGGUUCUUCUUCCAAAAGCUAUGUGUGGGUCAAUCCCAGAAGCCCCAGAGCUUCAAGGCUUAGGCAAUUGUCUUACGAUUCCAGGUACUCUUCUCUGGUUAAAGUAGCGGAGUCUUUGGAUUCCUGCAAUCCAAAUGAACAUGAUGUUUUAAGUGCUUUGAGUCGUUUAGGUAACGAUGUUUUGGAACAAGAUGCUGUGGUUGUUCUUAAUAACAUGUCAAACCCUCACACUGCAUUGCUUGCUCUUAACCAUUUUCAAAGGAUAUUAAAGAAAACAAGUAGAGAGGUCAUUCUUUAUAAUGUCACCAUGAAGGUUUUUAGAAAGUCUAAGGAUUUGGAUGGAGCUGAGAAACUGUUCGAUGAAAUGCUUCAAAAAGGGGUUAAGCCUGAUAACGUUACCUUUUCCACGUUGAUUAGUUGUGCUAGGGUGUGUGCUUUGCCCGAUAAGGCUGUCGAGUGGUUUGAGAAAAUGCCUACAUACGGGUGUGAUCCUGAUGAUGUCACUUACUCUGCUAUGAUUGAUGCAUACGGCCGGGCUGGGAAUGUUGAUAUGGCCUUCAACUUGUAUGACCGUGCUAGAACAGAAAAAUGGCGUAUUGAUCCUGUUACUUUUUCAACUUUGAUUAAAAUAUAUGGCAUAUCUGGAAAUUAUGAUGGCUGUUUAAAUGUUUAUGAGGAAAUGAAGGCCCUAGGUGCUAAACCUAAUUUGGUUAUAUAUAAUACGUUGUUGGAUGCUAUGGGAAGAGCCAAGAGGCCUUGGCAGGCCAAGACUAUUUACAAAGAGAUGACAAACAAUGGAUUUUCACCAAAUUGGGCAACCUAUGCUGCACUCUUACGAGCCUAUGGAAGAGCUCGAUAUGGUGAGGAUGCUCUUAACAUAUAUAAAGAGAUGAAGGAUAAGGGAUUGGAGUUGACUGUUAUUCUAUACAACACUCUCUUGGCCAUGUGUGCUGAUGUUGGCUAUGCAGAUGAAGCUGUUGAAAUUUUUGAAGACAUGAAAAAUUCUGGGACCUGUAAGCCUGACAGUUGGACAUAUUCAUCUUUGAUUACCAUAUAUUCUUGUCGUGGGAAAGUUUCAGAGGCAGAGGGGAUUGUGGAUGAGAUGUUGGAAGCAGGUUUUGAACCAAACAUUUUUGUUUUGACAUCACUUAUCCAAUGCUAUGGGAAAGCCCAGCAUACUGAUGAUGUUGUCAGGACAUUUAAUCGAGUUUUAGAAUUGGGGAUAACUCCAGAUGAUCGGUUCUGUGGUUGUCUUCUAAAUGUGAUGACGCAGACACCUAGAGAAGAACUUGCUAAGCUGACUGAUUGCAUCAAGAAGGCUAAUCCAAAACUAGGUCACGUGGUAAAACUUUUGGUAGAGGAGCAAGAUGGUCAAGGAAAUUUUAAGAAUGAAGCAUCUGAACUCUUCAAUUGUAUUGGUUCUGAUGUAAAGAAGGCUUACUGUAAUUGUUUAAUUGAUCUAUGUGUUAACUUAGAUCUGUUGGAAAGAGCUUGUGAGCUGCUAGAGCUGGGGCUUUCACUUGAGAUUUAUGCUGAUAUACAGUCUAGGUCUCCAACACAAUGGUCCUUGAAUCUUAAGAGUCUGUCUCUUGGAGCAGCUCUGACUGCACUUCAUGUUUGGAUUAAUGAUUUGACAAAAGUACUGGAGUCUGGGGAGGAGCUUCCCCCGUUGCUUGGAAUCAAUACUGGACACGGAAAACACAAAUAUUCAGACAAAGGUUUGGCAACCGUUUUUGAGUCACAUUUGAAGGAACUAGAUGCUCCAUUCCAUGAGGCCCCGGACAAGGUUGGCUGGUUUUUGACAACACAGGUUGCUGCCAAGUCAUGGUUGGAGUCAAGAAGUUCACGUGACUUAGUGGCUGCUUAGGUAGUGUGCUCAUCAAUAAGUGUUUGUACCAAGGCCAGUUCUUUGCAUUUACAUGUCUAGGAAUGUAUCAUUUCUAAAAUUCCUCCUUUAAUGUUAGCAUUCUCUCAUUUGAUAGUGGAAAAAUUUUGUACCCUGAGACGGCAUAUAUUUCUAUACCCUUAUGUAUUAUAAAGUUAGGUCACCUAUGUUUAAGAGGAU